AUGUCUCCCGGGGAUGAAGAAAAUAAAUUCCAGAAGGCUAUCGCAGCGUGGCGCAACAUCGAUCUGACUACCUUGGUUCCCACCCUUGAUACUGCUGCCUAUGAUCUGAAUGCGAAUCAGCGUGAUACUUUGACACAACGGAAGGAUCUUGCCCAAAAGACGAAGGAAUUUAGGAAACUUGACGAUGCCGGCAAACUGGCUGAGAUCAAAGGACUACUGAAAUCAUAUCAGACGUUCAUUGACCUGAUCUCGAACCAAUCCAAAAGCAUAUCAACUGCGUUCUUCCAGGUGUACACUCCCUUGUCUGAAGCCCCUGAUCCAUACCCACUCCUCGAAGCCUCGGUUGAAUCACUAGUCACAUCUAUUGAUACCGUUCCAAGGCUCGAGAAAGAAAAUCAGGAGCUACACAAAAAUGUGAAGGCUCUAUCGACACAGCUUGAGGAAACGGAGGUGAAGCUACAGGAGGAACGUACCACAAGGCAGGCUUUGGAAGAGACUCGUGAUUCAGAAGUAAAGGAGAUCGAGUCUACAUGGUCAGCGGUCUUGGGCGAGAAACAAGACAACUGCGAUGCAAAAGUAAAGAGCUUAGAAGACAAGUUAGAGAGCCAGGAUAGACUCCUAAAAGAAAUCAAAGCUAGCUACGAAGUCUCCCAGCGGCUUGACAGAGGCGAAGAGGCAGAGAAUGAAGGUGCCCGAAGUAGUGCAACCGCCGCUGAAUUGGAAGUUGUCAGCUCGGAGCUAGAGAGAACAAAUCUGCGAUUAGCGGACGUAGAGGCAAGGAAUGAGCAGCUACGCCUGGAACUAGCCCAAUCUGCUUCACAGUCACACCGUACCCGACCUGAGGCUGUUGAAGAUGACCCGGUUUACCAGCGGUUGCAAUCCGAGAACCAGAUCUUGCUGCGCAAGCUUGGAACUACCCGCCUUGAGAAGGAGUCCGAAAACAGAAGAAUUGAAGGCGAGAUUAGAACACUAGAGCGAGAGAUUACGACUCUCAAGAAAGAUCGCGACUCUUUAAAAGAUAAAGUGCAGAAGUGGGGUGACUAUGAGAACGUCAAACAAGAGCUCGAGGUCCUAAAGUCGAUCGAGUUCGCCACAGGCGAUGAUGAUGAGGAAGCUGAUCUUGACACAACAUCCGACCAGAGUGAGCAGCCAAAUGGCUCCGCAAGCACGAGCAAGGGAGAUACCCUGGAGCAAUUACUUCUCACGCGCAACAAGAAGCUCACGAAUGAGCUUACUGUGCUGCGCGUCUCACAUCAGGAUCUUCAGAACAGGCUCGAGACCCUGCAAGAAGAGCUUUCAAAUACCAACAUGGACUUGGAAAAGUCGAGGGCUCUGACCGCAACACUGGAGAACGAUCUCGAAAAGGUUCAACAGGAAGCUACCAAUGCCUUUGAUUCUUCGGCUAUGUCUGUAGCAGGGACGUAUACGUCAAGGUACCCUGGCACAGCCUAUGGAAGUCGACGAGGUAGGGCCUCCUCCCCAACUUCGUCUAUUAUCUCUGGGUUCGACAACUCAGGGCCGAAAUCAACGCUCGAUGCAAUCCGAGCUGGAGAACCAGUAGGUGGUGGCUCUGGUAUAUUGCCCAUGAUCACUGCUCAGCGCGAUCGCUUCAAGAAGAAGAAUACUGAACUAGAGUCUGAGCUUUCCAAGGCCCAUCAAUCAGUGUCAUCGCUUCGCUCUGAGGUCGCCUCCUUACAGAAAGACAAUCUGAAUCUUUACGAAAAGACUCGUUAUGUGUCGACAUACAACCGUGGCGCGACUUCAUCCUCAGCAUAUUCAAAUGCAAAUCCUUCCGCCAUCCAAAUGACCUCCAACACCUCGUCCGGUCUGACUACCGACCGAUAUCGAUCUGCUUACGAGUCUUCUAUCUCGCCAUUCGCAGCCUUUCGUGGACGAGAAAGCGCCCGCGCUAUAAAACGUAUGAGCUUACCUGAACGGAUAGUUUUCAGAAUUACGCGGCUGGUAUUAGCGACACGUGCGAGUCGAAACCUUUUUGCUUUCUAUUGCAUGGCAUUACAUAUCCUGGUCUUUAUGAUGCUUUACUGGAUGAGCACAGUGGAAAUUGAACAACGUAGUAGUGGUUUAAGCAGCGGAACUGCUGCUGCAAUGCAAGCUGUCGCAGACGGCGCCUUGUCAGGUAAGGAGGAUCUGGCUGGCAAGGAGUGGCAUCAAGAAAGUUUCCAAGAAGGGGGAUAG